CUUGAAGACAGCAUUCUGCCGCACCAAUUAUGCACAGGGGAAAAGGAAAGAGAACUGCCGAAGCUGCUUUCGACGAUGGCGAAGCCAACCCCCAGUCGCCAUUCCUAUCCAUGUUCGAGAGUCUUCGUGACGAGCUCGACGAGCACCACGACCGGAGAGAACGUAUAAUAAAGGCGUCCAGAGAUAUUACUGCGGCGAGCAAAAAGAUCAUAUUCUCCUUACAGAGAGUACGACAAGUUGGUUGCGCUGUGCCCAAGGAGCUCCAGCAGCCGAAGCAAUGGGAGACAAUUCGCAAUUCAUACGACGCCAUCGCCGCAGACCUACAAGACAUCAAUGCGCAUCGAUAUAGUCACAACAUUACGGGGGGUAACCAGGAACUGAUGGAAGCAAUUUCAUUCCAGCACUACUUGGAGACUCAGCGCUUGAUAACCAUAGAAGAGUCACGCGAGAAACUGGCGGCAAUGUCCUCUGGCAAGCAUAAAGUCAUGCUUACGGAGUCUGACUACGUCCUCGGAAUUUGCGACAUGGUUGGAGAAUUAAUGCGCUUUGCCAUCACCGCGAUGGCCACGGGUGGUCAGAUCGCCCCAGCGGCGUCGAAAGUCAACGACGACGAUAUGGAUACCGACCUGCCAGAGCCUCGGUCCGUACUCUCAGACAUGCGGGAGCUAAGGGGGUAUCUAGAGUUGCUUGAUGCAGGGGGCAGCUCGCUGGCAAAGGAUUUUGGAAAGAAGAUGCCGACGAUGCAGGAAUGUGUCGAAAAGGUCGAGAAAGCUUCGUACGGCCAAGUUGUGAGGGGCUCUGAGAGGCCGAAGGGGUGGAUUCCUGACCUGGACGAUAAGAGGGAGGAGCUUGAGGCCGUAUGAUCAAUCGAGAUUUUUGAGGAAAAGGUUACAUUCGUGCCGCUAAGCACUAUACAGUUAUCGUGAUUCUGUC